GUACCACCUAGCUGCCUUAUGAUUAUUUAUAAUAUUACAACUUUUUAAAACAAUUUAUAAAUGAAAUAAUAGUGAGAUGUCCUUGGCUGCUAUUUUGUAAAGUGUAGAUGUGAACAUAAAUUUAAGUAUCUCACCAUAGUUUGUUUUUUCUUCUUUGGAAAUGACAGACUAUGGAGAAAGACUGUGAAAGCCUUCAACGGGAGAGAGCAGGGCAGAAACCCCAGGGAGGGAGGGAGGGAGCAGCGGAGGCUCCCUGCCUAAGGAAAGCCAUUGUCCUCUGCCAGACUUCUUGGGGAGUUCCCAUGGAGACCUUGGGGAGUGGCCAGAGAGGAGGAUGGGUUAGAGUUUGCUGUAGAUUGCAGCAAACAGGCAACUCCCUUGAGUAACGACUAAACAGUCUGGUGCGCAGGUGAGGAGAGGGAAAGGGCACCUUCGCUGGGGAAAUCCUCUGCCUUGGAGCCUAGGGACUGGGUGGGCAUGCAUUCCACUCCCAUGGGAAGAUUUGGUCCCGGACGGGUCUGAGAGCACCAUGCUACUUCUUUCUCCCUAUCUCCAGCUGCGUCUGCCCCCUUAAGCAUCCCUAGGUGGCGUGUUUCUGGAGGGCAGAGUGAUGAGCUGGAGCUCCUUUGCCCUCCCAUCAGGCUGUGUCCUCUCUGGGGUUCAGAGGCAGGAGGGUUCCUAGGACAUAGAAGAAGCAGCCUCCAUGGCUCCCUGCCAAAUCCGGAGAUACCAGGACCAAGACUGGCAUGUGGUGAGGGCCAUAUUCGCGGACGGAAUGAUGCAGCAAGUUGCUGACAAUUUCUGGUAUCAGCUGAAACAGCCCAGAAGCUUCCUGCUCCUGCUGGGGGGUCCAGGCGCCCUGCUGCUUGGCUGUGGCUCCCUCCUCCUGUCUCUCCUGGCCCUCCUGGGACUCUUGGCUAUCCUGUGGCUGGUUGCUAGGUAUCCCUUCUCCUAUUACGUAGACCAUGCUCUGCACACUGACAUGUGGGACAUCAGGGCAUCCUACCUAAACAACAAAGGAUCCUGUUUCUGGGUGGCAGAGUCAGAGGGUCAGGCGGUGGGCUUGGUGUGUGCCUGCCCAGCACGAGAGGUUUCAGGAACACAGAAAGAUCUGGAAUUGCUACAUUUAUCUGUAAGACGGGACCACCGAGGCCAGGGCAUUGCCAAGAUCUUGGUUCAGACCGUGCUCCAUUUUGCUCAGGACAAGGGGUACAAUGGUGUUGUCUUGACCACUGCCAGCUUGAAUUACCCAGCAAGAAGACUGUAUGAGAGUCUUGGCUUCUGGAAAUCCCAUGAAACAAUGAAGGCACUGAAAUGGUCCAUCGCAAUCAUUUCUUUAGCUCACUACAAAUACACUUUGUCCCUCUCUUCUUAAAAGGCCCUUGGCCCACAUAAGCUUUUUGGCUACCGGCAGGUGGUUUCUAUAGUCACUGAUCAAUAAAGGUUGUUGACUGAUCUGGAACCACUGAUGGCCUCUCC